GCAGCUGCUCUGAGAGCGCAGGAGGACGCAGAAGAAGAAAAUGUAGACUGGAGGAGGAAGUGUUUCUGAUGAACAAAGCGUCGAAAUCAGAAGACAAACAUCGUCAACACGUGAUCGGACCUGACAGAAGACAGAGUUAAUGCUUCAACAGGACGGACAGGAAGAGGUUUUGUUCGCCCGCAGCUGAACAUGUCCGCUGACAACACCGCGGCGCAGCGUGCGGCUGAUCGCGUCUGUGAAGACGGAGACGAUAGAGACGAGCCGCUGGCUUUGUGUCAACCACAUGAAGAGGGAUUUAAACCGGUGCCGGAGCUGAACACGACCCCCUCCUCCUCCUCCUCCUCCUCCAGGUUCCUGCAGGUGGAACUGGAACUGAACACCCACCUCCGCCGGCUGAGCUUCAGCGAGCCGGUCCGGUACAUCUACAACCCGCUGGAGUACGCCUGGGACACACACCGCUGCUACGUGGAGAGGUUCUGUCAGGCCGGGCAGAGCGUCCUGUUCCUGGGCAUGAACCCGGGACCUUUCGGCAUGGCGCAGACUGGGGUCCCCUUCGGUGAAGUGAAGUCAGUUGUUGAUUGGCUGAAGAUUGAAGGCGAGGUUGGUCACCCUCAUGACGAGCAUCCGAAGCGACGGAUCACGGGUCUUGCCUGUACCCAGAGGGAAGUGAGCGGUGCACGUUUCUGGGGCUUCUUCAGAAAGCUGUGCGGUGAACCUGGGCUCUUCUUUCGUCACUGCUUUGUGCACAACCUUUGCCCGCUGAUUUUCAUGAGCGCCAGCGGGAAGAAUCUCACUCCCCCUGAGCUGCCUGCAGCUGAGCGGGAGGCCCUCCUCGCCCUGUGUGACACAGCACUGUGCCAGGCUGUGGAGGUGCUGGGCGUCUCCAUGGUGAUCGGGGUCGGAAAGGUGGCAGAGCAGCGGGCGCGGCGAGCUCUCUCCACUGCAGGUGUCAGUGUGCGAGUCGAGGGCAUCAUGCAUCCGUCACCUAGGAACCCACUAGCUAAUAAGGGCUGGGAGGAGGUAGCUAAAGCCAAACUGGCAGAACUGGGUGUGUUGUCGCUGAUGAACAACACAUAAACUAUUCAGACACAAGUGCAGGCUCAAGUUUUCCCUCACGUCAGUUUGUGUGUCUGUGAGUGAUCGAACAUUUUCAUCCUCACUAACAAUGGCAGCAAACAGCUCCACUAAGAGCUCACAGUACACUAAUAACUCAUGUAAACACAUCAGCAAAUGUCUGUUCAUCAUGAGGUGGUUUUAUUUAUAGAAUUGAGGAUUGAUCAUGGCACCUGGUUCAUUUCUUUCUACCUUUUUUAUAACUAUAAGGAAAUGCUCAGGGGUCUUUGUCGUAUAGGUUUCUGUCAAAGAAGCCUUUGAUUACAUUUGUUAAAAAUGUAUUUUGAGAAAUUGCAUGUGCAUAUGUAUAAGCCUGAUUGGAAUGUUUUAGAAAAUGCCUCUUUGAAAAAAAACCUCUAAACUCUACAAAAAUAUUUUGUACAAAAAACCACAAAACACAUGUAAGUAAAUAUUGUUUAUGUUAAAAUACCACAGAGAAGCUUUUUUGUUGUGUUUUUUAAUGAUCAUUUAUUGUUAAAAUGUUUUGUAUUCUUUCUUAUACUUUUAAAUUCUUGUGCCUCUAAUC